AGAAAGGAAUCUGUCGACUGUAAUUAUAAAAAACAUGGCGUUUGUUCGUUUCGGGUUUUAAUUUUACUUUACAUAUCGAUAUCUUUUAACUGAUCUAUUGUGUUAGAAGGCAAAUCUUGGAUAUUUCUGCAGGUAAUCAAAGGGAAGAGAAGGGUUUAGAACGUCGCUAGGAAAUUGCAAUGUCGUGGCGCGGACGAGACGAGCGAACCACCCGCUGGGGCGAGAACAGGGAACGCUCGCCCGUCUGGGAGAAACGCAGCGAGAGCCCCGACAGACGGCCGCCGUCCCCGCGGGACCGUCAGAGGGAUCGACGGGAUCGUCACGAGAGAUACGACCGAGACCGACGUGAUCGGGAUAGGGAUAGUGAACGUUACAAUCGCCGUUUCGACAAACGGGAUCGCGAGCGGGAUAGGCGGAGGUCGCCACGACGAUUGGAGGAUAGGGAUGUGCCAGCCGCGCCUUCGCCCCCUAAGAUAAGCGCCGACUACGACACUGGGGAGACUCAGUCUCGCAGUCGCUCCGGCAGUCGGGAUCGUGGCUACAAAGACUUCGACCACAAAUACGAUCGCGAUAAAGACGAUCAAUCGGUCAACGCCUCUCCUGGCGACUGGGUCUGCAAAUGUGGCUCGUACAAUUUUAAGAGACGUCAAGUGUGCUAUAGGCGUAAUUGUUCAGGCAAAAGGUCCGAGGGAGUCGUGUACGGUGACGGGCAGACCGCUUCAGAGUGUAACGCCGGUAUCACGAAGCGUUUACUGUUCCGACGGCUGGAUGCUCUCACUACGGAGGAGAAAAUCUUGGAAGUGGUGAAAGAGAGAUGCUCUAAAUCGGUGCUAGAUUCCAUUGCAGGUAUAAAGGUCGGCCGGGAGACGUUGACGGGUGCUUCGAAGUGUCUCGCAUACAUAAAUUUCAAUUCUCUAGCCGAUUCGACGGCCGCUCAUUCUGAACUACUGUCCUUAGAUCCUCCUCUAGUCAUUGAUAACAGGGAAGUGCUGAUAUCGUUUUACAAUGAACCACAGAAAACACAGAAGCCUCACGCCGAAUACCCGAAUUACUAUAAUCAGAUGUCCAGUUAUUCCAGGGACAAUAUGUCUGAGGCCGACAGGGUCAAUGCCGCUGCAGCGGUCGCUCAGUCUGCUAUCACGGCAGCUCAAGCUCGCCAAAUGUCCUGGACUCCGGUGUCGGUACCCGUGUUCGUGUCGUCGACGUCUCAAGCUACUCCAGCAGUCAAUGUGCCCGUAGGUGACGGCAAAACGGUGUACUCUGCACCCGAUGUUAGGACUUUUAUGUAUGACGAGACAUCCGGUUACUACUACGACCCUGCCACCGGCCUCUACUACGACGGCAACACGCAAUACUUCUACAACAGCACCAUCAAUCAGUAUAUGUACUGGGACGCGGCCACGUCCACGUACAUCGCCGCCUCUCAGACUCAAACCAAUUCCGAUCAACCCAAGCUGCAGAACCCACCCGAUCCGACGGCAGGUAACACUAUCACGAAGGAGCCAGAGGAAAAGAAAAAGAAAGAUAAAGAGGACAAAGUCAAAGUAGCCAAAAAGAUAGCUAAAGAUAUGGAAAGGUGGGCCAAAACAUUGAAUCAAAAGAAAGAGAACGCUAAGAGCAACUUUGUUAUGGAACAACCUUUAGACACCAGCGCCAGUAAGGGUUCAGCCGACAUUGGUUUCUCAGUGCUGGGUGCGGGUCCUUCUUUGACUCAUGUCAGAGAGUUGUCUCCUCCACCAGUCAUCUCCACAGAUGAUUUCCUUUUAAAAAAGAAUGAACCGAACAUCUUUGACAUUGACGAGGGUAUCAUAGACUGGUCCAAGCUGACAUGUCUUCUUUGUAAACGUAAAUUCCCAUCCGUGGACGUGUUAACUAAACAUAAAAAUCUAUCAGAUUUGCAUAAACAAAACCUUGCUGAGCACAGGAAGAAGAAUGAAUUACUGCCACAAACGAACGGUUACAGGGACCGAGCAGCUGAGAGGAGGAUGAAGUUUGGGGAAGACGAUCCUCCACCCAUCAGGAAACGUUAUGAAGCACCAGAAAUACAUUCCCAGGUCAUGUCACACCCUCCACCCUCUGUUAUUGACACUAUCGGUGGGAAAAUGUUGAAGAAUAUGGGUUGGUCGGAGGGACGAGGGCUAGGGAAAGAGGAACAGGGGAGGAUUAAUCCCAUUGAAGCUGAACAAAGACCGAGUUUGGCCGGACUCGGUCAGAAAAGAGGAAUUUACACUCCAACACCCGGGCUGACUUACAGAGACACUGUGAAGAAGUUGAUGAUCGCUCGAUACAAGGAGGUGGUCGGCCAGGAGGAUGGAAGCUAGGUGAGUUGUAUUGAAUAUUACAUUGUAAUGUUUGUAUGUUGCAGGUGCGCUUUAUCUAGAUGCAGGUCAGUAACGGCUCCGUUAUGAUGUUUGUUGUUAAAGUUGACCUCAUUAAUAACUUAGAUCAUAAAAGGAAAAUAAACACUUAAAAUUAACUGAAGAAUUUGUUCAUCAGACUCCUGAGAUCAAGUCCCAUGUGUGUCUGAUUAAUUUAAUGAUUAUUUUAGUUCUCACAUACAACCUUGAAACUAUCUGACUUUAAGGUGGUCACAAUAUCUUAAAUCUUUAAACAUGGCUAUCUUUGAUGAUUGAUGUAUCUGUGUUGUGUUUUACGGAGGGGUCUUUCCGUUCUGGGUGUGAUGUUUGUUUGUUGGUGAGUGUCACCGCUGAGUCUAAUGUGUUGAUUCUAUGUUACUAGAGUAGAUGAGGCGCCACCCUCCCAGUCUGCUCUAGGAAGCGCUCAGUAUAUCUCUGGUAAGUAUUACGAUAUGCCCCUACUCCUACAGGUAACACGAGUGUACCUGGAGGAUACCGACACUAUACUUUUCAGGCAGUUUUUUUCAGAAAUCUGUUUGUUUAUUUAAUUUAUUCGAAUCGCCUCUUCAUACACAUCCCAUACAUUAUUUCAUCAAGCCGAAGCUUCAGCAUUCAACAUUAUAAAGAGACUCGGGAGUGUGAUAGACUGUGCCUUAGUGUGUGAAAGAAGAAAUGGUGUCUGUGAUGAUCACACAUUGUACUGAUGAAAAUGACCAUUUAUAUUACAGAGAACCCGUUGGCUGCCUGACAUCGUGCCAAAUGAAUUAAUAUAUAAAAUACUAUAUUAUACACGGCAACAACUGUACAGAUAAAAAAAAAUGUCGCAUUAACGUCACAGAUUAUAAAAAACAGUUUUAACCCCAUGAAUUAAACUACAACUACAGAUUAAAUUAAAUAAAUCUAUCAUAGCAUAUAAAGACAAAAUAAACUUAAGUACAAAAUGUUAAAUAAUGAACAACGAUGUUUAUAAUAAUUGAAAUAUCAUCAUUCAUAGGAAUUAAGUUUUAAUGUAAAUAUAUCGCUAAAUAUAUUUUUAUAUUCUCCGAAUGCAUUUAAAUAGAAACAGCUGUUGAUAGUGAUGGCCGCUGUUCGUAGAGUGUACUCUAGUUAUAGAUAAUUAUAUUAUGUAAUGUU